AUGCACGCGACGCGCUCAUGGGACGCGCACGAGCAGGCGGAAGGCCCCUCGCCGCUCAAGAUGCUCCGCGGCUACCUUCUCCGCUUGCGCCACGCCGGCCCGCUGCCCGCGCGCCUUGACCCCUACCGGCGGGGGUGUGCGCCGGGGGGGGUGGCGGGCGGAAUGUGGGGGACGGUGAGGGGAGAGGGAGGCGGAGGGGCCGGGGAAGACGGGGGAGGGGGGGAGGCGUGGGGAGAGGACGUCGUGGGGCUGUUUCGGCAGCUGCAUGAGGAACAUGCGAGGAACAUUCCUCUGGACGUGCUCUCGCCCGGUGAGGCGGACAGCCCUGCCGCGCUGGACGUGCGGGCGAUGCACUUCAGAUGCCAUGCUGCACGCACUCUGUCGCUCACGCCUCCUGCGCUCUCCUUCCCCUCGCGUGUGUGGCGUGCCCACUGCACUGCAUGCAGGCCCGUGGCGGACAGCCCUGCAGCGCUGGGCGUGCGCGCGCUGUACCGCAAGAUGGUGUGCUCUCAGCGCGGGGGCUCGUGCUUCCAGGUGAGGGGGCUCGUGCUUCCAGCUUGCAACACUCCUUCCCGCUUGCACCUACGCCCUCGUCCUGUUCACCCACGCCACACCGCAGGGCCUUCCAACGUGCUGUUGGCGUGGGUGCUCCGCCACCACCUCGCCUGCCAGGUCGACCUCCUUCCCGCCCUCUCCUGCCACUCGCCACACUCGCCCCGCCACCACCACUCCCCUCCGUCCUCCUCCUGUCGCUCCUCUCGUCAACCACCUGUACCGGCUGCUACUUUGAAUGCUGCCUCCCCUGCAGCGGCGCCAUCGUCGGAUCAUGCGGCUGCCUGCGUGGCUCGCCUCUCAUCUCCUGCUGACUCAGCGCAGCAGCCUGUCCAGUCAGCUCGUGCAGCUGCCUCAUCAGCAAGUGCAGAGCUGGCAGAUCAUAUGUGUCUGCUGGUGCACAUCAACGGCAUGGCAUGGCUCGCUGACGUCAGCACGCCCUGCUGCCCCAGCAGCCUUUUGCCCCACCCCAUGUUCCUGGAGCCACUGCUCUUCCAACCCGCCAUCCACCAGGCAGGCCCCUCCUUCCCCUCGCCUCCCAUCUCCAUUCAUUACACACGUCCCUCCAUUCCUUGCUGUGAUGUGAUGUGCGAUUCCCACUCCCACCCAUUCUCUCUCCUCACCCAAGCGUUUCCUCUCCAUGCCACCUCUCUAUCCCACCACCCCUCCCCCCCCACAGCACCAGGACGCGGGGGUGUACGGCAUAUCCCCAUGCCCAGCCCCACCCGCCAGCACCUGCCGGUGCAGCCCCUUGGGUGCAUGGACGAGGUGCGGGGGCUGAGUGCUGGCGGGGAGGCACAUUCAGAUUCAGACCCCGAUGAUGAUGAUGACUUCUACACGGAGGGUGUGCGUGGCCACGGGACACCGUGCCCACCGCGGCUCACGCAUGCUGCAGGUGGACAGGCAGCAUCAGCAGCAGCGGUGAGGGCAGGCGAGCAGUGGUAUGUGGUGGAGCGGCUGUGCCGCGUGGGGCCCAGUGAAGCAGGCGAGAGAUGGGCAGCAGCAGAUGGCAAGCAGGCAGCAUGGGGGAAGGCCGCUUGUGAGGAGGAGGGGCAGUGGCAGCCGCUGUAUUGCUUCUCCUCGUGGCCGCAUGACACAGCUCACUUCCUCCAGUGCAUGCGCCAUGCCUCGCCCCUGGGCGGGCCGCGUGUGGCGGUGCGCGUGUGCAGCGAGGGGGAGAGGGAGGUGGAGGGCAGGGGGGUGAUUCGCGAGAUGAUCCGCGACCGCCACUUGCUGCUGCUGGAUGGCGAGGGGCGCGUGCAGAGUCAGCAGCAGCUGGCAACAGACGAGGAGUUCGAUGCGGUGGUGAGGGGCCGGUUUGGCAUUCGGCUGGGGGCAGAUGAUGUGAGGGCCAUGCCUCCUGUGCCCAGGGAGCCGCCACUUGGCGACGUGUGGUUGGCCAGCGAGUGGUGA